AUGUCGAGCUCAGAAAAGACUCCGCUUAAAGCUCAAUAUCCUCCUCCUUAUUAUAUAAAAUCAGAAAAUUACCAAGCAACCCCUCCUCCUCCACAGCCUAUGCCAUCAAAUCAUGACAAUUCUCAAGAUAAUCAAACUCCUUUGUACUAUGAAUUUUAUGAUCCAUAUAUGGGACUUGGUAACACGACUCAAAAUAUUUAUUGCCAAAUAUGUGGAAGGAAUACUUGGACUCGUGUAGAACAACGUCCAGGUCUAUUAUCUUAUUUAUGCUGCACUUAUAGCCCAGGACAAUUAUUAUUACUCACCCUGGGCUACCACAUAAGCUCUAAUUCUCAAAAUUCAUUGAGUUCCAAUACUUGCCAAACCAACUCCAUGAGUUGACAAAUGCAUUCUAUGGUACGCUUGUCAAAUCAUGGAAUUGGUUUAGCAAGCAUUGGAGUAAAUCAACUCUACGAUUUGCAGCUCCAAAUGGUAGCCUAGGGUGAGCAAUAAGUCAUCCUGGGCUAUAUCUUUGCCUUUCCGGAUGCUUUUGUGGUUGCUGUCUUAUUCCGUUAUACUCAAAACACUGCAAGGAUUCAGUACACUUCUGCUCUAAUUGCAAUACACCACUUGCAGUAGUAACACCUCUUUAA